UGCUUAUUUUACAGGACUGUAAACUGCUGAUGAAUGUUGUGGCCUUUUUGUGGUAGAUAAGACUAAAUUAACUUGAUGACCUUCCAAGAUUACCAAUGUUCUACCAUCUGGAAAGCUAGAUGCAAGGCGUUUUACUUCAAGUUCUCCUGUAAGAAGAAGUCAGCAAGCUCAUAUUGGGGUAAAUGAAGGUGAAAUAGAAGGAUAAUGUAACUUUGUAAUUUCUGUGUAGCUGACACUGCAGUUUGCACCUAAAUUGCUCUGCAUGUAUGUUGGAAAAGUAUGUCUACAGUACUUCAGUUCUUGUGCAAUGAACGGAUGUACCUAUAUACUGUGGGAAAACUGCCAGUUGGGGGAAAUUGUUUUAUGAUCUCCGUUGCAUUUGCAUGCUGGGAGAAUUUAAAGUCCAGGUGUUAUCUCUUAGAGACGGAGAACAGGUCAGAGUCAACGAGCAAAGACUCCAGACUGUGUUCAGACCUCCAGGCUGAUCAGGUGGAAGAGAGGGGGGGAAAAAAAAGAGAGAAGAUGUUACAGCGGAGGAGCUCUGCCCUCGUUCUGCUGUUGACUCUGCAGUUUGCGGCUGGCUCCUGGGCUCAUCCAUGUGAGACUCCAGAGAGGAAAUGUGACUUUGUGUGUGACUGCUCCGACUGCAGCGAUGAGCAAAACUGUGGCUACAGCGGAAAAGGCUUUGAGUGUGACUUUGAGGAAGCAGGGAUGUGUGGAUGGACGGACCAGUCCUUGAAUGCAGCAGUGUACAGCUGGGAGAGACGUCAGAGAGGAGGGGACACGCUGCCCGACAGCGGGCCGUCCUCUGACUACACCACCGGGACAGCUACAGGUUGGUUUAUGGGAGUGAGUUCCGUGACGACCAAGUCUCUCAGCUCUGCAGUUUUAAUGUCCCCAGAGAUGAAACAGUCCUCGCCAACCUGUCGCCUUCGUCUCCGAUACUUCCUGUGGGACUCAGGUCACGCAGGUCUGGGCUCCACACCCUUGUGGGCGUCCAUCCUUGGCAAGGACUCUCGCGAGGCCUUAGUGUGGCGUCCUGAGGCCACCAGUGUCCGUGGCUGGAGGGAGGCUUCCAUCUUUCUGGGCCGCAUUCCCACAACCUUCCAAAUCCACCUUCACUCGCAGCGCUCCGAGGGGCGAAGAGGCGACGUGGCGGUGGACCAGCUGGAGUUUCUGGACUGUGCUCCGCCGUUGCCACUCCCUGGUGAAGGGUGUCCAGCAGGGAUGGUGAAGUGUAAGGGUGAGAGCUGCGUGGGGCUACAGCAGGUCUGUGACGGCAGCGACGACUGCGGCGACGGGACUGAUGAGGAGAACUGUGAAAGUUACCGGCGCUGUGACUUUGAGGCGGGCCUGUGUGAUUGGGACCUGACCUCACUGUCCAGUCUGAAAUGGGUAAGGACCAAUCAGGAGAGCAUCUCGGUCAGCGAUCCUCUGAAAGGACCAGGCAGGGAUCAUUCCAACAACACUGUAACAGGUCACUUCCUUUACGUCACUGUCCCUGAUGGUGGUCUCAAAAUGGACUGGGCUGCUUUCCAAAGUCCCCGUCUUGAACCCACCAAUAGUUCACAUCCUUGCAAGAUGGUGAUGUACACGCACCAGUUUGGACCGAGGUCCGGCGGUCUGACGGUGCUGGUGGCAGACAGUGCGAUCUACCCGGUGUGGGAGAGGGGCGGCGCUCUGGGCGAUGUUUGGGUGAAGGCAGAGGUGGAGAUUGUCACCAACUCCACUUUCCAAAUUGUUAUAAUGGCAGCGGUCAGGGACUUUGCAUAUGGAGGUAUCGCUGUCGACAGCAUUGUGUUGUCUCCUGAAUGCCACUUGUCAUCUGUCAAUAAUACCUGGGCAAAAUUCCCUGAACCUCCUAAACACCCGUGUACCGUACCGGACAAGAUGUGUGAUUUUCACGGUGACUGUGCAGAAGCCGAGGAUGAAGCCAAAUGUGGGGACUUCUCUUACUCUGAGGGCAGCUCAGGCUGGACUGACUCCAGCAUUGGGAGUCAAGGUUGGGUGCUCCAUGAAAAUUCCACAUCCAAAGAGGAGUACCUGUAUGUGGCCGAUGCCCCAGGCCAGCAGCUGACCGAGGCCCAGACACGCACCCCCCUCCUGGGCCCCUCCGGCCCAGCAUGCACCCUGAGCUUUGAUUUUGCGUUAACUGGGACUCCAGAUCACAUUGGUGAGCUGUCCGUCAGGGUGAUUGACAGCCUGCUGGGCAUGCGGCCGAAGCUGUGGGAGUUCAGUGGGAAAACAGGAACCGGGGAGGGCGAGUGGAAACACGUGGACGUGCCUAUUGGAGUCAGAAAACAUCGAUUCCAGCUGGCGUUUGAAGCUCGUGCUGUGAAACUUUGUCCAUGCGCCAAGAUUAAAGUGAAAAACGUUCACUUUGUCAGCUGUCACGCUAACUAUCACCCAUCUUCUCCAACAGGACUGUCAUGUAACUUUGAGGAUGGACUGUGUGGAUGGUAUCAGGACAACAGUGACAACUUUGACUGGACGGCGAUCGAUGGGAUGGACCACACCAUCGGGAUCGGCAGAAGUCUUGUGGUAGACAUGUGGAGUCCUUCACUGCGCGGUGCGUUCGGACGCUUAGUUUCAUUCACACAGUUACCAAGUUCCACAGAUCACUGCCUGUCCUUCUUCUACAAACUCUACGGGCCGAACACAGGUGCUCUGAAUGUCAAGCUGUUGGAUAACACCGGUUAUGAGACCGUCCUCUGGACCCGCAGCGCAGCUCAUGGCAACACGUGGCACGAGGCACACUGCCCCGUACCACACCAGCUCACAAACUUCCGGCUGAUGUUUGAAGCGGUUCGCUCUGGUUUUGACGGACGCGUCGCCAUUGACGAUGUGGCGUUCGUGGACCGCCCGUGCACCGUGCCGAGGAUGUGUUCCUUUGAAGGCCAGCGGUGUGGGUACAGCAGCUCUGGUAACGUUCACUGGCUCCACCGCAGCGGACACACCGCCACCAAGACCGGACCCAAGACUGACCACACUCUGGAGACUGAACUGGGUUUCUACAUGAUGGUUAACACCGGGGCGGACAUCCUUCCUUCUGGUCGUGCGUCAGUCCUCGCCUCCCCUGUUCGCCAAGGAAACGCCAAGACUGAGUGUGUCCAUUUCUGGUAUUACAUGGGAGGAGUGAAUCCUGGUUCUCUGACAUUGUAUAUGAAGCCGUCGAAGGGAGAAAGGGUGAAGAUCUUCUCUGGCAGUCUGAACCAGGGAGAUGUCUGGCGCCAUGGCAACGGCAACAUCUCAAGUGCCCGUGAGGACUGGCAGCUGGAGUUUGAGGUGGUUGGAGUUGGAGGCAAAGACACUCACAUUGCAGUCGACGACAUCGUUAUUUCAGCUCACCCAUGUGAAGAUCAAGGUUCUAAGUGCAGCCUGGAGAAAGGUAUGUGUAGCUGGAGCAACACUCAGAACGUCAAAGUGGACACACUGGACUGGGAGCUGACGAGUCCUGAGGCAGAGAGACACUACUCCACCCCUCCUGAAGACCACAGUCUGGGCACAGAGAAAGGUCACUUCCUGUUCUUUCCAAGCAGCAACCGGACGGCAGCCAAUCAAAACGCUCAGUUGCAGAGCCCUCACCUGCCCCCGACCAAGGGCACCUGCCUGAAAUUCUGGAUCUACAAGCCAUUCUCAUCGGACGGCCAGCUGAAGGUGUGGAGGCUGUCUGAAGGUAAUCUCCAUCAGCUGCUGGUGGUAAGUGAACUGGGAGGGCCGUGGACACGCUUUGACGUCAGCAUCACAUCGACUGAGGAAUACCAGAUUGUGUUUGAAGGAAUCAAAGGCACGUCAGGCGUCAUAGCUCUGGAUGACAUUGAGUACACCGUCGGAGUCAACUGUGCUAACGAAGUCACAGAUACACUGCCAAAAAAGCGAGACGACGGGGGAGGGAUCGCAGCGUCCGUCAUCGUGGUCCUGCUGCUGAUCGGCACGUUGAUCGCCCUGCUGGUUUUCUACCUGCGAACUCAACAGAGAGUCAAGGCUUCGACCGGUCCUUCUUCAUCAUCCUCCUCCUCAGCUGUUCAUGGUUUCAGUAAUGAAAUAUAUGAACCAGACCUCACACAGGACCGUGUGAUGGUUGUACCAGUGCAAAACCAUCCGAUGGCAGCUGGGUUCAAUAACGUCUCUGUCUCUGCGGAUGUCAGAGAGGUGGAGGUGGCGUGAGGCGGGAGGAGUGGUGGUCCUGUCACCUAAAGGUGGCUUUGUGAAAAUAAGGUGAUAUCACAGCAGAAGAACUGCUUGUGUCACCCUUACAUGACACACACUCACACACACACACACACACACACACACACACACACACACACACUCACACACACACACACACACACACACACACACACUCACAUACACAAACACAUGCACAGCCCACAUACUGAGACACUGAUAAAGGCCUAAUCGACGCAGCUCCCUCCGAUCACGGCUCUCUGCCUGGACGGACACAUGGAAGUCAGAAGGUGAACGUCUUAAGGUGUCGUAAAACGGAAAUUAGUUUAACUUUCUUUAAAUCGAGACUGGGCAUCACCCAUGAAUGGCAAAAAUGGUUGCAUGGAGAUUUAGGAUCCUUUUUGGAUCUGUAAGGAAGCAUGAGCUGGGGGCACGGAGCUAAAAAGACACGAGUUUACCAGGCAAGGAGGGGUCUAAUGAAAGACACUAUGAAGUUGCAUUUUGGGAGAAGAGCUUGACUCACAUUAAAGACUAAAUGUUUGUUUACUUUAAUAUCUCUGCCUUAAUCCGUUCUCUCACAUGCCCCCCAACUUAUGGAAAGUUGUGGAGCCCGUUUAAAAAGAAAGGAGAAAGAAAAUAAGACUGGAGAAAGAAAAGGACGACGUGUUAAACCUUGAAAAGAGGGUAUAGAGAAAGUUGACAUGUAAUGCUGCUGUUUGGAAGAAGUCUGUAGGACGGAUGUAUUCUUUGGGAUGUCUUGGGUUAACUUUACUCCACUCUGAAACAAGAUAUAAUUGAGUUCUGAUGAUAAACGAAUUAAAGUUAAGCAUUGAAAAACUG